AUGGGUGAGGAUCUCUUCUGGGCCAUAAGAGGAGGAGGUGCAAGCAGCUUUGGUGUAGUCCUCUCUUUCAAGAUCAAUUUAGUCUAUGUUCUCCCCACAGUCACUAUUUUUCAGGUUCAGAAAACCCUAAGCGAAGGGGCAACUAAGUUGGUCGAGAGGUGGCAGGAAGUGGCACCGAAGUUUGAUGACAAUUAUUUCAUUAGAAUUCUUGUGAAUCCCGUCGGCAAAAAGGAGCAGGGGAACCGCACGAUCCAGGCUUCGUUUGAGUCUUUGUUCCUUGGCGGGCGCGAGGAGCUUCUCUCCAUACUCGACAAGAGCUUUCCUGAGUUAGGAGUGGAGGCCAAAGACUGCGCUGAGAUGAGCUGGAUAAACUCCACUCUCUACUUCGCACUAGCCCCUAAGUUGGACCCUACCUUCUUGUUGAAUAGGUACCCAUAUGCCAACAGCACCUUCAAGAUCAAGUCAGACUUCGUGAAGGAGCCCAUCCCUGCGGAGGGUCUGGAGAAGAUCUGGAAGUUCUUAUUAGAAGCAGUGGAUGAUCCCCUGCUAAUGAUAUUGGAUCCUUUGAGAGGGAGGAUGGAUGCGAUAGAAGAAACUGCCCUUCCUUUUCCUCAUAGGAAGGGGAAUUUGUAUAAUAUCCAGCACUACUUGAACUGGCCUGGGAACGAGGAUAGCCAGAAGCACUUGGAUUGGAUGAAGAACCUGUUGGAUUCGUCUCCUCAAUCUGCUGCACAAUACCCUGCACACGGCAAAAUAAUGGGAAAACAAUAG